AUGCCUUCCAUGUUUCGCUCCGAUCCGUAUCGGGUAGAAUACCACUCUUUCGAUGAUUAUGCCUCCAGGACAUUGCUGGCAAACGAGCGCGGCCUCAUCCGUGACUUGGAAAGGAUACAAAAAGGCUUGGGGUUGAUCCCAUCGCCUGUAAGGGAUGUCAGCAAGUUACAACUGCAGGGCCGAAAGCUGGAAGAUAAGUACUUCUCCGCAUGGAACCUGGCCGGCGAGAGGGAGCGCGGAGGGAUGGAAGAACCGGUCUACGAAUGGUUCCGCAUCUGCGACCUCCACGCUGCUGCAUCAGAAUGUGAGCACGAUCAGCUUUUUGAGGCUGCAUGGAACGCAGAGGUUCACUCCACUGUGCUGCGCCUAGCCUUGCAGGGGCGACGGCGCCAGGAAACAGGCGUGUGGUACCGCGACAUUACAACGGCAACCAUUCUAGAAUCCUGCCUCCAUCUCUCGCCCUCCUCGGCGGCACGGACGACUGGCAAGAGGGUUGACUAUGCCAUCAUCCUUGAGCCAUCAGAAGAUCUGAGGCCUCGCAUCAAGGACAAGGUCAAAAGAAGCUUCUCGACCACCAUCAAUCACACUGCCCAAGAGCACAUUCGCUACAAGCCAAUCGCCAUUGGCAUAGAGACGAAAAGGUUUUGUCAGGAAAAGUUGAAGUCUGACCAGGACAAGAUCAAAGCGGAUGAGCAGCUCCUUGUCUGGGUAUCUGGACACUUUACCCGACUUCGCCAGCUCCUAUCUACAAAGCAGUCGCAGGAGAUUCCAGCCUUGCCGCUCUUGCUGGUGCAAGGACAUGAUUGGAAGCUGUAUAUGGCGAAGGUUGGUGAGAAUCCACUUGAGCGUAAACUGGAUCUUUUUCAAGAGAUGACUAUUGGUUCAACGGCUUCGAUUGUGGGUAUCUACACCCUGAUUACCGCCCUACGAAGGCUGGCGGAAUGGGCCGAGAAAAAUUAUGGACCGUGGUUCGUGGAGUCCAUCCUUGACUGA